ACCGAAAUGCGUUACCACGGCAACAGUAACGAAGCACACAAAAACGUUAUUUUGAUCAGAUCUGAAGUGGUCAUCAUGAACUUUUCCCUGAAUCCGGUCUUUUCGUUUCGACUAAACCAGAACAUUGUCAGUCAAUUAAAAUUCGGAAAAUACGACGGCAUCCAUGUCUGCUUAACGGCAGCAACCAGUUCGGACAAAGUGAUAAUCCACAGUCCCCAUAAGCGGAUUGGUGCGUCGAACAAUCGAAUUUCAUGGUCGGAAACGAACUACGAUGUUGCUCUGUUGAAUUUCAACCAGGAAAUUACUGCCAUCGAAACGGGAUGCUUAAAGGAAAACGAUUCAAAGGAAAUUCUCGUAAUUGGAAGUCCCACACACGUUUUAGCCUACAAUGUGGACGAUAACAUUGAUUUGUUUUACAACGAUGUCAAAGAGGGGAUCAAUACGAUACUCAUCGGAAUGUUCAAUAAAUUUGAAUUACCACUGGUUGUAUUAGGAUGCAAUGACAAUAUUCGCUGUUACGACUACACAGGAAAGGAAGUCUUUUGGAUUGUUACGAAUGGUAAUGUGAAUUCGUUAACCUUAUCGGAUGUGAAUAAGGACGGGAGGAAUGAAUUAAUAGCUGGAACAUCCAGUGGAUCGAUUAUGAUUUACGACGGUGAUGCAUUAUUGAUGGAGUUUACUGAAAAUUCGGCAGUCAAGCACAUCUGUCAAGUAGAUAAAAAUAGUUUUCUCGCUUAUGCUUUAAUUGACGGGACGAUUGGCGUGUACAGGGAAAGUAUUCGUCUGUGGAGAAUUAAGUCGAAGAGUAAGGGAACAUCACUAGCGAGCUUUGAUCUCCUUGGAUCCGGUAAAAAUCAACUUAUAGUUGGAUGGGAAAGCGGAAGGAUCGAUAUGAGGGACUAUGGCACCGGCGACAUUCUGUACAAACUGAACCUAAAUCAUCCGAUAAUAUCGGUCGGCCAAGCUGACUACCGUGGCAACGGAGCAAACGAUUUGAUUUUGUGUACAACAACCGGUGAAGUGAGAGGAUACGAACGGUCCAAAAUCAAUCUGAAUACCAUGAAAUGUUCGGAUCAGGAAGAGCUGCUGGAAUUGUUGACGCAGAAGAAAGUUCUGUUGGCCGAAAUUUCGCAUUACGAAUGUAACGAGAAAUUGAAUCGUGAGAAGCAAAACGAUUACGAUGAUAAGUUUGUGGCACCGGAAGGUGUUGGAGUUAUACCGAGUAACACGAGACUGCAAAUUGCCAUCUACAAUAACAUUGAAGGUGAUGUCGAGCCCAACAUUGAAAUCAAAAUUAUCACCAACAAUUCAACCGUCAUUCGAGCGGUCCUGCUAUUCUCGGAGGGAAUUUUCGAAUCCGAAACGUUUAUCGCAUAUCCAGAAGACCGAGCCGUGUCGAGAAUCAUCAUACCAUUCAAAAUACCCAAGGACAACUGUUACGAUGUGAACAUUAAGGCUUUGGUCGGACAUGAAAAUAGCCAACAGUUUCAUGUGUUCGAAUUGACCAGACAGUUGCCGAAAUUCUCGAUGUACGCAAUCAGAGAAGACUUUUUGUGUGCGGAGAAAAUGAGUGAAAUUGAACUUGAUGACACGAGCUUUGUGGAGUUUAGAAUUAACGAACGAUUUCAGCGAAUUUGCCUGUGGAUCAACCAGAACUUUCUCCUUUCUAACGAUAUUGAACCGGAAGCAUUGGAUGACACAGGUGACAUAAAACUGUAUAUGGUGAGUCUGUACGACCAAAGUAACAUUUUGAUGCGAUUUUACGAUGGAAAUCAAAUAAAAAUCGUCACACCGAACAUUCAUUUGGCCGGUAGUUUCAUUCAAUCGCUGGCUAAAUUCAUGAAUAUGGACAAUUUGCAGACGCAGGCCAGCUAUCCGCAAAUUGAAGAGGAAAUUUCGACUCUAUUUCGAAAGAUCGAUGGACUGCAAAUAUCUUAUCAGAAUUUGACGCUGGACAUGACUCAAAAGAAAAAUCUGCAAAAGAAUUUGAUCGUACGAAUUGAGGACGCCCGACUCUAUAACCAGGACGCUCUGCUUGGCCUGUAUGCCGACAUGCAAAAACUAACCGAGGACUUGUUGAAUAGUCACAUGAUCCGACAAAAGAAUUUCGAGGAAAUUCAAAAAUCAUUGCAGGGUGUCAAUAGUAUCCUGAAAGCCGCCAGCAAACUUCGUGUCGGUAGCUUUGCCAUAAAUAUGAUGCAACACUUGAAGGACGCUGUGAAAACGAAGAAUAUUGAAGCAAUCAAUAAGAUCAUCGCACAUGGUGUCAAUUAAGUGCCAGGGAAUGGUUUGCACAAAAAUAAAGGAAUUUAA